UGACAAGCUGAGGAAUUGCCUGCCAGGGUUACAAGGCACACAGAGGAGGGCAAUGUGUGCAGGCACGCCCCCAAUCAGCUUACACUUGAACUCUCCAUAACUAUCCUACAGACUGGACUCUGUGACUCCUUUACCCCAGCUGGUCCCAGGAGCUGUGAGAUAAUGUAUAGAUAGUGCUGGGGGGCUGUGCCAUGGGGAGCUUUGACCAUUUGUUUAAAGUCCUUGUUAUUGGUGACUGUAGGGUCGGGAAGACCUCCCUACUGCACAGGUAUGUCCAUGACGUGUUCGCCAGUGACUACAAGACCACUAUGGGAGUGGACUUUGCUUUGAAAGUUGUGCAGUGGUCAGAAAGUGAGACAGUGAGACUGCAGCUAUGGGAUAUUGCAGGUCAAGAGAGAUUUACAUCUAUGACUAGACUCUACUACAAACAGGCAUCUGCUUGUGUGAUCAUGUUUGACCUGACUGAUGCCGAUUCGUUUAGGAGCUGCCAAAUGUGGAAGAAUGACUUGGACAGUAAAAUAACGCUGUCAAGCGGCUCUCUUCUGCCAUGUAUAUUACUGGCUAAUAAGUGUGACCUCUCCCCUUGGGCAGUAACUAGAGAAGAGAUUGACAGAUUUAGUAAAGAGAAUAGCUUCAUUGGAUGGACGGAGACAUCAGUCAAAGAAAAUAAAAACAUUAAUGAGUCCAUGAGAGUUCUGAUUGAGAGGAUGAUGGAGUCGAAUUAUUCAAACAUCAUUUUACCACCACAAGGAGAUUACAUUCAACUAAAGGACAUUUCUGAUUCUAGUUCAGGAUGCUGCUAGAACAUCGAAUGCGUUGUGUAUACAAACCGUUCCCUCCAUGCCUUUUAGUAAGACUGGAUACAGCCCCUUGUACAUAGCUACAUUUGCCGUGAAAAUAUGCAUUGUGUUUUUGGGCAUACCAUUGAAAAUGAUGACAUUGUUGCUUUUUAAUU